AUGGCCGGAGCCUGCUGCAAAUGUCCGGCCUCUCUGUCCGUGUUGAAGCGCUCUCUCUCGGUGGCGCCGCGAGGCUGCGGCUCCGCUCCCCCUCGGUCCGUCCUGCAGGGCUGGAGGAGGCGCGGGGAGAGGGGCCUGCAGGAGGCCACCAGACCCAGUAGCGCCCUCAGAGCCGCGGGUUUCUACCGACAAACGGCCUUUCUUUGUCUCUCCUGCCAGGAGUCCAUGAGCGACAGCCUACGGACCUGCUACGUGUAUCUGAAUCAGACCAGCAGGAGCUUUGCGGCCGUGAUUCAGGCACUGGACGGAGAGCUGAGACAUGCGGUUUGCAUCUUCUACCUGGUGCUUCGUGCACUGGACACAGUUGAGGACGACAUGACCAUCCCUCUGGAGAAGAAGGUGCCCAUGCUUAACAAUUUCCACACGUACCUGUACCAGGAGGAGUGGUGCUUCACUGAGAGCCAUGAAAAGGACCGUCAAGUUCUGGAGGAUUUCCCUACGAUAUCACUGGAAUUUAGAAACCUUGCUCAGGAAUACAGAGACGUCAUCUGUGACAUCUGCCAGCGGAUGGGAGUCGGGAUGGCUGAAUUUCUGGAGAAGAAGGUGGGAUCCAUGAAGGAGUGGGACCUGUACUGCCACUACGUUGCCGGUCUCGUCGGCAUCGGUCUGUCGCGGCUCUUCUCUGCCUCCCAGCUGGAGGAUCCAGAGGUGGGACGGGACACGGAGCUGGCAAACUCAAUGGGCCUGUUCCUGCAGAAAACCAACAUCAUCCGAGACUAUCUGGAAGAUACUCAGGAGGGACGGGCCUUUUGGCCAAAAGAGGCGUGGAGCCAGUUUGCGAGCCGUCUGGAGGAUCUAGCCCAGCCCGAGAAGCUGGAGUCGGCUCUGUCCUGCCUCAACCUGCUGGUCACCGACGCUCUGCGUCACGUCCCCGACGUCAUCGCCUACCUGUCUCGGCUGCGCAACCAAAGCGUCUUCAAUUUCUGCGCCAUUCCACAAGUGAUGGCAAUAGCUACCCUCUCAACGUGCUACAACAACCCGAUGGUGUUUCAGGGUGUGGUGAAGAUCAGAAAGGGACAGGCUGUCACCCUCAUGAUGGAAGCCACCAACAUGAGGGCAGUGCAGAGCAUCAUCGCCCAGUACAGCCAAGAGAUCUUACAGAAGGUCUCCCUCACCGAUCCGACGCGGGACAAGACGCUGCACAUCCUGGCUGUGAUCCAGGAGAAAUCGGCCCUUCCUCAACCCGACCUCAGCUCCAGGAACCACCACCUGUCUCCUAUGUACCUGUCGGCUGCCAUGCUGCUGGCAGCGCUGAGCUGGCAGUAUCUCAGUACGACAGCUGCCCAGGCGCAGGGCACGGGGGACAUGCAGUGACUCUCUUCCCGACUGGAAAAAAAAAACAAAAACAAACUCUGUCUUUUCCUGAACAUCUAGUCCUUCUCUUCCUUGGGAAACCUGAGGAACGUCUUCCCACAUUUGAAGUCUCACAUCGGCUGUUGAAGAACCACAGACUUGUUGAACUUUGGGAUUCUUUUUGCAGCCUGAUCUAU